AUGAUAGAGACGAACCAGAGCGGCGCCAUGAAGACGCUCCUCGUCGUCACCGCCGCUUUUGGCGGGGCAUUCGCGGGGACCCUGGCCACGCAUGCGCUGGCCCCGGCGCCAGCGCUCAAGGAGUCGUUCGUCGCGGCUGAAAAGAUGGAGCCGGCGUUCAAGCUGAUCCCAGCUCUGCGGGCUCAGAUGACGACCGAGAAGAUGGCCGUCCCGGCCCAGGAGCUGGCCCUCCCGGCCGAGAAGCUGGCCGUUCCGGAGGAGCUGGCCAUCCCGGCCGAGGACGAGAUGCCGGACGAGAAGAAAGGAAAGAAACGCGGUGCCGACCCAUGCUGCUUCCUGAAAAAGAAAAAGUGUCCAUCGAGUGUGACCUGCCCCAAGCCACAGGCUUUCGGAGGCUUUGGCAAGGAGGUUCGCAGCACCCUGAGGGAGGCGGCGAACCAGCUGAGCAAUAAACUUUCGCACGCUCAGCACCUGGACGAGGUCACAUGGACCACCAAGAACUGGCACGGGCUGCAGAUGCAGCGCUUGUCUGUCGUCCUCCACACCGCCGUGGCGUGGCAGACGGUGAACGAGCUAGCGUGCGGGGAGAGCGGCAUUGUGCAUGGUGCGGAGUGCAUUGCCGUUCUUAACGGAGUCGCUUAG